CGCGUUGUAAACAGGGGCUGGUGGAGUGUGUUUGUGUGUGUCUGGGCCAAUAAUAUGACCGGCGAAUACCAUCUCUACCUACUAAAGCCUGCUCACGUGCGUCCACAUGCAUGUAUCGACAUGCCUACAGCCACGAUGUCUGUUUGUCUGUCUGUCUACUGGAAUUGGUUCUUUCCGAUGAAGAAGUUAGCGCCUCUUAGCUCCAGCCCCUGAGACGACGCCCACUCAUGGGCCUGCCGACAGCAACCAGGACACACACAUCGACAACACGCAUGAGAUAAUGUCGCUGGAUGAGUCUCACUCACUUUGAAGUUUAUGCGGUUCCUCGACCGCGGCAGUGGCAGCAGCGGUGGGCUGUCGUCCUUCUUCUCGUAUAACACAAACACGUACCUGAUGGAUGGAUGCAUGGGCAAAGAAGCAACCAACAGAGCCAUGCACUCGAUGCAUCGAUGAAGCUUGUGUUGACUGACUGACCUGUGUGGCCCUGUCUUCGGCGGUGUCCUUGGCGGCACGUAUGGCGUCUCGAUGAUGGUGCCUUGGCCGAGGGACACACCUGCACCGAACACACACCAAAACGUCUGCAUCAGGUAGGGACACACAGCUGUGUGCGCAGAUUUACACAGACCUCUGAUGUUGGACACAGCCCAGUGAAGGAACUCCCUGUACUUGGGAUUCUCCCCUGACACACAUGAGCCAACCAGCAUGACCAACGCGCACGCCCGUCCUCUCAUCUCAUUUGAGAACGGCUUCCGUACUUGAUGGGGCAUCCUGCGCCAUGGCACACGGACAAGGAAAGCAGAAAUGACGCCGAAAGAAUGAGCCAGCGGAUGUGCAGAGAAUCAAUCGUCUUACCGGGUCCGUUAGGAGCAGCACAUACGAUGACCCUUCAGGUGGCGGCUUGUCCAACAAGAGACCUGGAGACCGCUCAGCAUCUGAAGGGAAGGAAGUUCAGGCAGCACCCAUCCGUCCAGCGUAUGCAUGGGUAGCUAGCUGUUCGAGCACCAUGGUGGCUGUGCUGUGUGACCCACCUACCUGUCAUGCUGAUCUCGUUGCCGAAUUCCACAGGCACCGACAGUUGCCGCCCCACGAAGCCGGUGUUCAGGUCAAACCUCACCCGCACCCAGCGGUCAGGCUCAAACUCAGGGAUCACAUCAGGGAUGAUAUCAGCCUUCCGCAGAUCAUCAAGCGUCUCCCGCAGCGUCACCUGGCCCAUGUCCAGAUCAGCGUCCGACAGGUCCAGCAGCUCACGCAGCCACCUCUCCAGAGCUGUCGUCCGGAAGUUCAGCGGCUGCCAUGAACGAGGCGACAGCGCCACAUUCCCACCGGGGCCUUCAGCACCUUCAGAGGCCCUCGUGAUGUCUGCCGGCUGGACGAUGGCUGGCGGGUCAACAGGAACAGGCGGCACCUCUGAUGGCAGCAGCAUGAGCCGAGAGUGCCUGUGGAUGGGGCGGGGAGGGGCCCCAGGGGCGUGGAAUGGGUUAGCAGGAAAGAUCAUUGCGAGGAAGACAGCGAGAAUGAGCCCUGGCGGGCUGAGGAUCAUUGAAAGCGCCCCCUUGAUGAUGGAGUAGAGGAGCCGAAUCAUCUCUGCCGGCGAUUCUUCGUCACCUUGCUGCAUAAUCUCCAUUCAGAAGCGGUGCCAUGUGGCAGAUCUUGAUGAGAUCACGGAAUUCGAAAACGCCAAUGGGACAACCAGUCUAAAGGCUUCCUCGUGGCCGUGAAUACAAUGGUCUGCGUUGAGUUCUGG